AUGGCAGAGGAGAGUAAAAUGGAAAGAGGGCUUCUCGUGCAGCCGUUGCUAGAGGGAUCAGGUAAUAGUAAUAACAACGAGGAGGACAUGAUGAGCACUGCCGGGAAAUCUUCGCCGCCGGUGGAAGCGACCUCUGCCGCCGUUAUCUUCAGCACUUUCGUAGCUGUGUGUGGUUCCUUCUCCUAUGGAUGCGCUUUGUCAUACUCAUCACCUGCUGAAUCUGGGAUCAUGGAAGAUUUGCACCUCUCCAUUGCUUCUUACUCAAUGUUUGGGUCAGUGAUGGAAGUGGGAGGGAUGAUAGGCGCUCUGUUUUGUGGGAGAAUAACAGCUGUGCUUGGCCGCAAAUAUACAAUGUGGCUUUCCCAGGUGUUCUCCACCAUUGGAUGGCUUGCUAUAGCACUUGCUAAGAAUGAUUGGUGGCUGGUGACGGGAAGGCUCUCGAUUGGGUUUGGAGUUGGGUUCGUCACCUACGUGGUUCCAAUUUAUGUAGCAGAAAUUGCACCCAAAGAGCACAGAGGAUCAUUUUCAUAUGCCAGCCAGUUGCUGGUGAACUGCGGCUUCUCCCUUGUGUAUUUCCUGGGCAAUGUAGUCUCCUGGCGUACCUUGGCAAUCCUCGCACUUGUGCCAGGGGCGUUCCAACUCGUCGGCUUGCCCUUCAUUCCCGAGUCCCCGAGAUGGCUGGCUGGAGUUGGGCGAGUGAAGGAGUUCAAAGCGUCGUUACAGCAACUGAGAAGCAAGAAUGCUGAUAUCUCUCAAGAAGUAGACGAAAUUCAACACUCUGUUGAUGAACUGAAGGACGACCCAAAAGCCAGAGUUGGAGACAUUUUACAGAGGAAAUAUGCCUAUGCACUAACAGUUGGACUUGGUCUAAUGCUUCUCCAACAACUUGGGGGCACUUCAGGAGUUGCAUAUUAUGGCAGCAGUGUAAUCCAAAAAGCAGGGUUUUCGACAACUGUUGGCACCAUAAUUAUUUCUCUAGUCCAGGUUCCUAUAGCAGCUGUUGGGUUAUUCCUGAUGGAUAUUUGUGGAAGAAGACUUCUCCUCAUGGUUUCUGCAGGUGGGAUGAGCAUAUGCAGCUUCCUAGUGGCAUUGUCCUUCGUAUUGCAGGGGCUUAACCUUCUCAGGGGAAUCACUCCUGUUAUGGCUAUAAUUGGCUUGACUGGAUACUUCACAGCUUUCUCAAUUGGAAUGGCAGGAAUCCCCUGGAUCAUAAUGGCUGAGAUAUUCCCCAUGAAUGUGAAGGCUAUAGCUGGGACACUAGUCACAUUAGUCAAUUGGUCAUCCUCUUGGGUCAUGACUUACUCUUUCAAUUUCAUGAUGCAAUGGAGCCCCGCGGCGACUUUUUUUAUCCUAGCUACAACAUGCGCACUCACAGUGGUUUUCACAUUGAAGCUGGUACCAGAAACAAAAGGAAGGACUCUAGAGGACAUACAUAAAUCAAUGAUGCGGCUCGAUUAG